GCUGUGGCUCUUUCCUCCUGCACGGCUUGGGUGGGAAAGGACUUCCAGUUGAGGUGGAAGAGCAGGCUCUGCUCAGUCCAGCAGUUAAUCGUGUUCUCCUGCUGUUUGCCUUUGCCAGGUGCAAGUUCUUCAGCCUCACAGAAACCCCCGAGGACUACACCAUCAUUGUGGACGAAGAGGGCUUCCUGGAGCUCCCUUCCUCGGAACACCUGAGCGUGGCCGAUGCGACAUGGCUUGCCCUCAACGUGGUGUCUGGCGGAGGUGGCUUCUCCGGCUCCCAGCCCAUCGGAGUGACCAAAAUUGCCAAGUCAGUAAUAGCACCUCUAGCUGACCAAAACAUCUCAGUGUUCAUGCUCUCCACCUAUCAGACGGACUUCAUCCUGGUACGUGAGCGAGACCUGCCCUUCGUGAUGCACACGCUGGCUGCUGAGUUCACCAUCCUCCGAGUAGUGAAUGGGGAGACAGUGGCUGCCGAUGACCUUGGGAUAACGAAUGGAUUUGUCAAACCAAAACUCGUUCAGAGGCCUGUCAUUCAUCCCCUUUCCAGCCCGAGUAAUAUGUUCUGUGUCACCAGCCUGGAUCCAGACACCCUCCCCACUGUUGCUACACUCCUCAUGGAUGUCAUGUUUUACUCCAAUGGAGUAAAAGACUCGGUGGUGGGCAAUGAAGACUCGGGACAUAUUCGCUUUUUCUCCUUUUCUCUCAUUGAGGGUUACAUCUCCUUGGUCAUGGAUGUCCAGACACAGCAGAGAUUUCCCAAUAAUUUGUUGUUUACAAGUGCAUCUGGCGAACUCUGGAAGAUGGUGCGGAUUGGUGGGCAGCCUCUUGGCUUCGAUGAAUGUGGAAUUGUCGCUCAGAUUUCUGAGCCGCUGGCCGCGGCCGACAUCCCAGCCUACUACAUCAGUACUUUUAAGUUUGAUCACGCAUUGGUACCUGAAGAAAAUAUAAACGGUGUGGUCAAUGCACUCCAAGUCAGUCAAGCUGAAAAGCAUUAGAAAUCUUCUGAGCUGGUUCCAGAUGCUUUUUAUUAUUAUUAUAAUU